AUGGCCGAACGAGAAACAAAUAUCGAGCCUUAUGAAGCCGUUGCAAAAGGUCUAAACUCACCUGAAAUACGAUCCAACACUAACAUACCAUUUGCGGACGAAGCUGUCGAACUGACCGAUGUUAAAGAGGAACCGAUUCGACCGAAACGCUCAAGAGAUGUCGAAAAGGGCGACACCGAUGACAAUCCAAAGAUCCACGCCUCCGAUUUGGGAAAUGUACACACGCCGAACAGAGAUACAAUAGUCGUGGAUACUCCAGAAGGAACUCUAUAUAUAACCCUCGAUCCAGAUUCGUCGAAAUCCUCAAAACCUACUAGUCCCAGUACCCAGUCGACUGAUCUUUCCAGUCCUAGUACAUCAGCGUUUGGGGCGAAGGAGUCGCAUGAUAUGAUAACUUCAGAAUCUGAUAUGGAGCAGAGGAAAAACAAUUUAAGAAGGAAUUCUAUAUCUAUGCCGAACAUAGAGUUGCUGCGACAAGAGUACCUUAACAACACACAGGGAAAUGUGAGUAUCAUUUUGUUAUUUUUGAACAUCUUCAGAAUUCUUAUUUCUUCUCAAAAAAAAUACAAAUUUAAAUCUUACCAUCAGAAGUAG